AUGGGGCAGGAUGAUCUCGUCAAAGAGCUUGAGCCUCGGGGAAUCCGAAGGGGUUAUCGAUGCCGAUUGCAUGGUGUAACAGACGGAGGCAGCUCCUCGUGUGCCGCCAGCCACUUGUGUCACCCCACGCCGCUCCACUACAACAUGGCAGGACCAGUCCCGUAUCGGACCAACGAAAAUAAGUACACUCCUUCUUUCCCACCCAUUGUUUAUUAUCGCGACACAUUUGGUCUGGAACCUAUAAAUGAUCGGGAUCGAAAAGCGACAGAAUCAGGAGCUGAGGGAUCUGAUAAUGAUAGCAUAGUCACAAAAUCUACAGUUCGAACAACGAUGAACGUCCAACCGUUUGCAAUGGCUGAUAGUAUGGGUUCAAAAUUUACAAAUAUGACGCCAUCGUACCAUGUAGAGCAGCUUCUUACGAAUCAUGUGCUCACUGCUGAUCCCCGAACACUCUUGACUUUAAGUCUUAUAGCUUUUGCUAGUGCAAUUCAAGUGAUCAUAUUUGCUAUCAUUUGCGUGUUUUAUGACGGGUGCCCUUACUAUAUUGCUCUAGUUGUUGGUUGUUUGAUGUUAUGUAAUGCUAUAGUGGUAACUGUAUUCUGCAAAUGCCGACCCACACGAGGAUGGUUGAUAGCCAGCUGCAUAGCCGCAUCGUUAUCGUUUGUACAAAGCGUCUCAUUAUUCUUUUGGACGGCAUAUCUGGUGAAUAACGAGGACAAAUACCUCGAACGUAUAGGCGCUAAGGAAAAUCGUGUUGUGACGAGCACUCGGAUAGCGAUGUACUCUCUGCAAAUGAUAUUCGCUCCAAUCCAUGCUAUAGCAGCGGCUAUCAUCGUUUUCUUACUGUAUGGAAUUUGCAAUCCCUGAGUGAAGAGAAAGUAACUCACGGCUACUUCCUCAGCGAACCACAACUCGG